AGCCGGGCGCGCCCCUCGCUGGGGAGGGGACAGCGGCUGCGGCGCUGCGAACCCCUACUGCCCCGCCACCAUCCUCUGCUCGCGACCAUGGCGCGCGGUGGCCGCCUGGGACUCGCCCUGGGGCUGCUGCUGCUGCUGGCGCUGGCGCUGACGCUGCGAGCCAAGCCCACCGUGCGCAAGGAGCGCGUGGUGCGGCCCGACUCGGAGCUGGGCGAGCGGCCGCCCGAGGACAACCAGAGCUUCCAGUACGAUCACGAGGCCUUCCUGGGCAAGGAGGACUCCAAGACCUUCGAUCAGCUAAGCCCGGACGAGAGCAAGGAGAGGCUGGGGAAAAUUGUUGAUCGAAUUGACAGUGAUGGAGAUGGCUUCGUCACCACUGAGGAGCUGAAAGUUUGGAUCAAACGGGUACAGAAAAGAUACAUCUAUGAUAAUGUCGCUAAAGUCUGGAAGGAUUAUGAUAGGGACAAAGAUGAAAAAAUCUCCUGGGAAGAAUACAAGCAGGCUACCUAUGGCUAUUACCUAGGAAACCCCGCUGAGUUCCAGGAUAGUUCUGACCAUCACACCUUUAAAAAGAUGCUGCCACGGGAUGAGAGAAGGUUUAAGGCUUCAGACCUUGAUGGUGACCUGACGGCUACUCGGGAGGAGUUCACUGCCUUUCUGCACCCAGAGGAGUUUGAACACAUGAAGGAAAUUGUAGUUUUGGAAACGCUGGAGGACAUCGACAAGAACGGGGAUGGUUUCGUGGACCAGGACGAGUACAUUGCGGACAUGUUUUCCCACGAGGACAACGGCCCUGAGCCAGACUGGGUUGUGUCCGAACGGGAGCAGUUCAGUGAUUUCCGAGAUCUGAACAAGGAUGGGAAGCUGGACAAGGAGGAGAUUCGCCACUGGAUCCUCCCUCAGGACUAUGACCACGCACAGGCUGAGGCCCGGCACCUGGUUUACGAGUCAGACAAAAACAAGGAUGAGCUGCUAACUAAGGAGGAGAUUCUAGACAACUGGAACAUGUUUGUGGGAAGCCAGGCUACCAAUUACGGGGAAGAUCUCACAAAAAAUCACGAUGAACUGUGAAAGACGCUCGUCCUGAUGCGGCCGAUCAUCAGGGGCGUUCUUCAGGUGUUCUGGGCGUUGUGACAGUUGUCAGAUGUGUCCCUCUACAAUGAGAUUACACCUCAGAUUGGGGUAAAAAUGAGUUUUCGUUCUGUGUUUACUGGAAAAUAGCCAUCGCUGUUUAUUCCAGUAGGAUUUCCCCUGAGGCACGUUAUAAUCCUGGCAAUUGCAAUUCUCUGAGGGGUUACAUUGCUACGACUUUCUAGUCCGACUCCCCCACUUAAGUUAAAGGGAUGGGGAAGAAAAUGUGAAAGGGUUCUUUACGGGGGCGGGGGGACACUGCACAGAGUGACUGCUGUGUGUUUGAACUCUUAGAUUUGGGGUUUUUUAGUUGCCACUGUUAAACAGUGGUGAAGGAAAAUUCUGAGGAAGUCAAUGUUCUGUUGUCCUAGGUCGGCUAACCUUGGAGCGGGCAUGGUAUUUCAGAUUCUUUAUAUUUUGAGCUGUUACUGUAAAUGGAAUAUAAACUUUUUUGUGUUUUUCUGUAUGGGCCUGCUAAUGUGCACAAUAAUCCCACAUCUUUGGUUUUUUUGUUUUUAUACUAAGAAGCAAUCAAAAAAGAUAAUGUGAACAAGAAAAGAAUUUUAAAGAUAGGGAAAAGAUGAAUGCCAGGUAUUUGAAAAACUGUAUGACCAUGGUCAACACUUUAAAUAUACUUGAGAAACUUUUUUUCAUGUUAAUGAGUGGGUCUGGUUUUUGAAAUAGUCAAUAGAAACACAGUUCUUUCCUGGGUGUGAGUUCAAGGGAAUCCAGAUGUAGUGGCAUUUAUUGUUUGUUGAGUCCUGAACCUUUAAGCCUAAUUCCAGCACAGCUUAUGCCAAGGCAACAGGACAAGGUGAUAAUCUAAGCCAUUGACCAAACUAACUGGAGUAACAAUUUCCAGAUGAAAUUCCACCUUGUAAACAGGAGGCAGAUGGAAUAAAGGAUACCCUUGAUUUCC